GCUGGGCUUUGCGCGUGGAAAAAUCAGUAGGAGAGUCCAUCAUCCUAAAGUGGAAGUACGACUCGAGCCACAGUCGCACGACCAAACACUUCUGUCCGUCAGAUCGUCUACCAGGGGUCUUGGCAAACUCACACGCCGCACAAACGCAACCAAGAAAGUCGAGAGGCUGGAUCAGCUUGGGGAGAGUCUCGAUGUACGACAACACAAUCAACGGAUCCUUAAAAGUCAUUUUAAAGAACCUAACAGCAGAGGACACUGGGAAGUACUGGUUUGCGGAGAGUCCGGGCUGUGAGGUUGAUGGACACACAGCGGUCAAUCUACGGGUGACAGAAGGACAAGCAGAGGAAGAAAGCCCCCAUCAAGUCUCAGCAUAUGUGGGCCAUGACGCCAAAAUCAAAUGCCACUAUGAAGAGGUCGACAGGGAUAAGAGCAAGUACCUGUGCAAAAACGAAGACGUCGGAUGCAAGCGCAAAAUAAGAACCGGACUAAAGGACCAAUGGUGGUACAACGGCAGGUACUCUCUAUACGACAACACCAAUAGAAGACACUUCCUGGUUUCCAUCGCCAACGUUACCAGAGAGGACGCUGGGAUUUACUGGUGCGCUGUGGACGAGCUGUUUCAUGACGACGCUCCUGUAGCGGUGGAUAAGUUUGAGGUGGUGCGACUGGAGGUGCGCACAGGUCCUGCUGCCGGCUCCGCUCUGGCCUUGCCUGUGUGUCUGUCCCUGUUCCUGCUCAUAGCGGCGGCGACUGCUGGAGCUGCUGCAUUCAUCUGCAUCAGGGGCAAGAAGAAGAAGAAGAGUGUAGAGCUGAACUUCACCCAAGAAGACACAACGUUUGGAAACACCAGAACAAAAACAUACACUGACAACGAUAACCAGGAGAAGAAAAACACCAACAUGUCAAGCUCUUCGAGCGAGGUUCAUACUAUUCAUUCUGAGACUAAUCUACCCACAAACCCCUGCAGCAUGCCACUAGCCGCAACUCCUAGCGUUGAAGUGACUGCAGACUGCCCCCUGCAGGUACCAGGCCCCAACUACGCCUCUGUGAGGUUUCAAAAGAGUCCCCAUUCAAGUCACACAGACUUAGCCACGAAUAAUGAUGAUGACGGUGGCACUAAGUGCACCUAUGCAGCGGUUAAAUGUACAUAGUGCACAGUGUGUUUGGGGGUUGAAAAAACGUACUCAGUACUUAAAGGUGCACUUUGUAA